AUGCCCCCUGAAAUCAAUGGCACAAAUGGACAUCAUCAAACACCAGCACAAGCCGAAACAGAACGAGUUGAGGAUGAGAAAGCGAGGGCUUUGGAAGACAUUAAAUCGUGUGAAAAGGGUUUCUCGUUGAAGAGAAUAAAACAUGGAUCACUUCGAGAGUCGAAUCAUGUCUCGAUUAGAGAACGCCGUCUCAACUACCACUCCCGCUAUCACUUCAGCUUUCUUCCUGACAGACUAAAAUCAGUUGAAAUCAGCGAGAUUUUGGAGGUUCGACCGGGUUAUCGAACGGAUAAUUUACACAAAGCCGCCAGGAAAUCACAAUUUCAAGAAGCUGCUCCGGAGGAAACGUGUUUCUCCGUCAUUUUCACGCACUCGAAAUUCCUCCACAAAUCCGUUGACUUUUCAGCGCAAAGUCGAGAGAUACGCGACAUUUGGGUGAACGCAUUGACGUUUCUCAUCAACGCCGAGAAAGCACAAAGAGCGCAAUUUAAUGAGAAAUUGUGGUUGAUCGAGCAAUUUCACCGUGCCGAUGUCAACAAAAAUGGGAUGCUCACAUUUGGAGAGACUUGGGAAUUGUUGAAGAAACUCAACUUGCAGCUAUCGGAGAAAUACGCGAAAGCUGUGUUUAAUGAAUCCGAUGUGCUAAAAAAAGAUGGUCGACUAAAUGAGGAGGAGUUUCUCAAGUUUUUCAACAUGUUAACUGAGAGACCGGAUUUGGCGUUUGUGCUUAGAUCCUACUCGGAAUCGGGUGUCGAGAGCUGGACGGCCAAGGAGUUGCAUCGAUUUUUGACCGAAGAACAACAGUUCACUGACGUAAACGAGUCAAAAGCGGCCUCAAUUCUGGAGACUUUCGAAGGAGUACAGCAGAAUGGGACACACGAGAAAUUAAUGGGAAUUGUUGGGAUCCGUCGAUUGUUCCAAUCAAGAUGGGGCGACAUUCUGAGGCCUGAUCAUGAGUCCGUAUUUCAGAAUAUGGAUCAUCCACUCCCUCACUACUUUUGUAACUCUUCACACAAUACUUAUCUAAUCGCCUCACAAUUGAAAGGCGAAGCAUCGAUUGAGGGAUAUAUUUUGGCGUUGAGGAAAGGAGCGAGAUUGUUGGAGUUGGACGUCUUCAGCGGAGAUCAAGGCGAACCGAUCAUCACCCACAAGAAUACCCUGAUCACUCCACUCUCGCUUCGACACGCUCUCAGAUCGAUUCAGAGAACCGCCUUUGAAACCUCACCAUAUCCAGUGAUUUUAACGAUUGAGAAUCACUGUGGUCAUGCCCAGCAGAAAGUGAUGGCUGAGUUGUUUCUUGAGAUCCUCGGCGAUCAGCUCUAUCGCCCACCUCCCGAUGCUGAUAAACAUCCACUCCCAUCACCGAAUCAAUUGAAGAGGAAAUUUAUCAUCAGGGGUAAACGAGGCGUGUUCGCCCACCAUGAAGAGGAGGAUGAUGACGACAAAAUGAACAAGCACAGCAGGAACAUGCACCAAAAAAAAACGGUUUCCUCAGUUGUCGACGAGACUCUCUCCUCUUUAAUGGCUCUUCCAUCGGUGAAAUUAAGCGCCACAUCUAUGUAUGCUGACUGUAAAAAUCAUCCUCAAAAUGGUUCCCCGUCACUCGUCGAAUCAAAAGCUUUCUCUCUAUAUGAUUCAGGGGCUCCAUUAGCCGCCUACACAGCUGAUCACUUUGUGAAAGUUUUUCCAAAGGGUUUACGUCAAGACUCCUCAAACGUGCACCCGGUUUCCCUAUGGAAUAUCGGUAUCCAAGGAGUGGCACUGAAUUUUCAGACUUCUGGAGAGCCCGUGGAUUUAAAUGUGGGAAAAUUUCGGACAAACGGUAAUUGCGGUUACGUGUUGAAACCACAAGAGCUGAUCGAUGGAAAAGAUCUCCGAACGUUGGCUCGACCCAAAAUGAGGAUCGGAAUCGGCAUCAUCAGUGCUCAAUACUUACCCAAACCCGAUACAGGAAAAGAUAUCAUUGAUCCCUAUGUCAGCAUACAAGUCUUCGGAGUUCCAAGAGAUGAGUGGAAAGUAAAAACGAAGACUAUCAAGGACAAUGGCUUCAAUCCGGUUUGGAAUGAGUCUUUCGAGCACGAGUUGGUCUGUCCGGAGAUGGCUCUGAUCAGAUUCGUUGUCAAAGAUUUUGACGCGACCUCUUCAAAUGAUUUUGUCGGCGAGUUCUCGUUGCCAGUGCAGAGCUUAAGACCCGGCUAUUCCUCAAUGCGUCUCCACACGGGCUAUGCUCACACCCUGGACACUUCAGCGACGCUUUUCGUGCGGAUAUCCGUUGAGAAUUUG